CAUCUCUAGCUGAAAAAAUGGCUGAAACCCAAGUGUGUGUGUGAACAAAAUUUGUAUGAGAAAAUUUGCGUGUAAAACAUAUACGAAAUAUAUUUGACUUCUACCGAAAAAUUCGUUCUCCCGUGCCCCAUUGUAGACAGUUGAAGCGAGUGUGGACACGAAAAUGCAAGUGUAUGAUUAACCAAUCGGCAAACAAAAAACGAAUGAUUGAUGCCUUCGGCCUCUGCGGACACUGCAAUUACAGACGGGUCUCAAAACUCUCUGGGCUCCCUCCUUGGUGAAAAAUUAAAAUGAUGUAGCUGCAAAAUCGACAAGAAGAGAGAAGAAGAACCGCAGAGCAGAGAACCGAAGAAAUAGCUAGAUGAAAAUUCAGCGAAAAGAAUAUCCCCUAUAUGUAAUACAAAACCGACUAUUCAAAGUGUACAUCUACACAUCUAUAACCUGAUAUAUACACAUACGCAGUUGCAUCAGCAUGCCUGACCGUGAUUCGGCUUCUGAUUCCGAUGAUUCCGGUGAUUGCAGCCGUCGCGGGGGCGCUAAAAUGAAUCAGCAGCAACAACAGCAGCAGCAACAGCAGCCGUCGUGCAGCAAAAGCUCUGCGCCGGACACGAGGAAUCGACGCAUCAUCAUGCGCAUCGAAUUCAAUGACUCUGACGACACCGACGACGCCAACCCCAACCCCCCAAACUCUGGCGAUGAUCCUGACCUUGAUGCAAGACCAUCCUGCUCGACGGCGUCCUCGCGUUUUCGUCGGAGCACCCGCCGACAGCGUCGUCCCCCUGCCACUCAAGAUUCCGACUCGGAUGCCGUGCAAAGAAGAUCCACAAGAAUUCGGAAAAACCGCUAUGGACCCCAAAGUGAAGACUGCUCCUCCAGCGGAAGUGAGAUCGGACAACGCCCUAAACGAUUGCGUGGUCAAAGCGGCAAGAGGAAAAAGCUAGUGUCCGACGAAGAAGAACCAAGUGACGAAACUGAAUCCAAGACGAGACUGAGUCCUGGGCCUGCGGAAGAUCCCGGUUUCAGCUCCGACAGCAGCAGCAACGAGCUGUUGGAAAAGUGUCCAAUUUGUUUGUUUACCUUUCGGCAACAGGAGAUCGGCACACCGGCCACAUGCGAGCAUAUAUUCUGUGCGCCCUGCAUCGAGGCAUGGUCGAAAAAUGUCCAGACCUGUCCCAUCGAUCGGAUAACCUUCGACAGGAUCGUGGUGCGCGACAACUAUGCCGAUCGCAAUGUGGUGCGCGAGUUGCGCGUGGAUCUAAGCAAAUCAAAAACGGAACUGGCCCUCGAAGAGGAGGAAGACGCGGCUGCGACUGUGGCCGAUGUGACCAACUGCGAGAUCUGCAACAGUCCGGAGCGAGAGGAUGUGAUGUUGCUCUGCGACAGCUGCAAUCAGGGAUAUCACAUGGACUGCCUGGAUCCGCCGCUGCACGAGAUACCCGAGGGCUCCUGGUACUGCGACGAGUGCAUUGAUUCCAACGAUGAGAAUUCCGAUGAUAAUCUUGACCUGGCCGAGGACCUAAACAUGCUGUACGAGGACAUCCGGGGCAUGGGUCUGCCCGAGACGCGUCUGCGCGUGAGAGAGGUUCAGCAACAGCCAAGGAUAGUCCGUACCCGCCAAAACGAACGCAUACGUGCUGCUGUUUUGCGUCGCACCCGUGCCGCCACUUCAGCGGACGCCGCGGCCUCCGGCUCCACCACGACCCGUACGCGUACCACCCGUACCACAACCACGACGACAACAACCACACGCACCACCACAAACCGUCGACAAACAACGCAACGACGAAGGCGCCGCCGCACACGCCAUCGCACCUAUGUCGUGGAGUACGACCUCAACAACUUUGACGAGAAGUUUGCCCUGAAGACGACCAGCAAGAAGGUCAUACGUCGUCGUCGGCGGCGUCGUCGUCGAGUUGUUGCCUCGGCCUCCAGCGAUGAACCGGGCCGCCGUCGUCUGACUGCCAGCAAAAGACUAGCGGAGCAGCUCGGCGUCAAGGCGGAUGGCCUGCGUUCGUAUCUGAGUGGGGGAAAUGCGUCUAGCUUCACUCUAUUUGGAAAUGCCAACGAUCUGGAGUACUUCUCGGACAGUGAAGCGGGCCAGGACGAGGCGGCAGCGGGAGCAGGGGAAGGACUGGGCGCCACAGCAGUGCAAACGUCGGUGCGCAUUGCCAGCAUUGGGAAUCCGCGCAUACGCAAGGCGCUGCUGCAGGGCAAGGCGCGCACAGCGGCCACCACGCCAACCUCAUCGGCCAGCGAUAUACUGUCUAGUAUUUUGGAUCUGCAGGAUCGCUGGCAUGGUGCAACGCGAAACCUAAGCGAAGUGCAGAUCCGUGCCGACGGAAGUCUGACUCUGCCACAACGUGCCGCAGCAGUCACACCAACGCCAGGAGCAGCAGCAGCAGCGGCGUCAGCCCGAGCAGCACCAGCGCCAGCUCCCACUGAAGCAGCAUCCAAGCCACCCGCAGAAGCCAUCACCCAGGCACCGCUCUACCAGCGCGGAGGUGCCGGACCCAACUUUAGUCGUGGCGGUGGCGGCGGAGGCGGUGGGUCAGGCAAUCGCUAUGGAGGCAACAGCAGCUACAACAGAGGUGGCGGCGGAGGCGGCGGUGGAGGUGCGACUGGCAAUCAAUAUCAGCGGCAUUCUACUGGCGGUGACGGUGGUGGAGGCGGCACCGGAUUCAAUCAGAAUUUCAACAAUAAUAACCCCGGCAACAGCAACGUCUCCAGCUUUACGCCCUUUCACCUGCGCUUUAACACGCCCAAUCGACAGCAGCAGCAGCAGCAGCAGCAGAGGAACCAGAACCAGAACCAGAACAUGCAGAUGCAGCAGCGGCAGCAGCAGCUGGGACCAGGCCCAAACCAUUCUUCGGCCGUGGCACCACCAGCAUCUAAUAACUUCCCACAAAGACCUCCUAUCUUUCCGCUGAGUCAUAUCGCGGCACCAGUGAUGCCUGGUCCAGGUCCCGCUGUGGGUCGUCUAUCAAUGCCGGCGGUGCUGACCGUACCACCACCACCGACGCCCCCCGCCAGCCUCUCGUGGAACAGUCCCCUCUUCAAGCUGAGCACGGACUAUGCCCAGCAGCGGCCAGCAGCAGCGAUGACAAGAAAGCCGCUGAGCGGCCGAAAGAUGGACAACGAUGACGAUGCCGACAACUGUCCAAACUUUUCGAUCUACUCGCAGGAAUCACAGGCGGUGGCCAAUGCGACGGCUUUGCCCAUUGGGCCACAACCAAUGCCUACAGCCGAAGAGGCAGAUAAGGACGACGAUGACGCGAAUGAGGAUUUAGUACAAUUAGACGAUGAUGAUGAUGAGGAUGAGAAUGCUGCAGCAGCGCAGCCGGAUAACAGCAUACCCUUGCCCCCGGAAACGGCAUCCGAUCUGUAUGAGCCCGAGAAUCCGACAGACGAGCAGGAGGAAGGCGACUCCAACAUCGAUGGAGAGCCCAUGGAGGAGGAGCCCGAGCCCGAGCCCGAGCGCCAGGCAGAGCCAGAACCCGAAACGGAACGAAUUUCGAGCAACAGCAACUCAAAUCUGGAGCCGACAGUGGAUGAAGAAGAGGAGACCAAGGCGCACAGCACUCCCAGUCCCAUUCCCAAGGCGCGGGAUGGUGGCAGAGUGGAAAGGGACAGGGGCAAGGGUGUGCUGGAGCUCUAUGACGACAGCGAUUGGGAGGAGCUGGACAUUGACAAGCCCAAAGAGUUUGAAAAGGCGCUGGAUGACACUGAAGUGGCUGCCACUGCCGCAGCAGAGGCUCCCGAGGUGGCAUCCACCUCUGAGCCAACACCUGCCAAGAAGAAGGACAAGGACGAGGGAGCAAGGAGCAGCAGCGAACGAGAGCCGGAUCGUUCCUACACGCCCUGUCUGGAUGAAAAAGGAGACGAUGACGAUGACGAAGACGAAGAGGCCUCUGCAGUGAGCGAAAAGCAUCAGAUCGAAGCUUCCACUAGUCCCAAGACGCCGUGCUCCAAGUCCAGCGACGACGAAGAGAAUGCAGAGCAAGAACCGGCGGAGAACAUUGGCACGGAGCUCAUUUCCGAGGAUGAUUUGGCCAAUGAAAAUGAGCCGAAGCAGAGACGCAGUCGCAGUCGUCGCCGCAGCGAGGGAGGAGCCACAGCCGGCUCCCCCAAGGAGCCACCGAAGGAAAACGAGAGCAAAUCCAAACGUUCGAAGCGUGGCAAGGAUGAGACCUUCAAGAAAGUGAGCAAGCGGCCCAAAGAGCGCAACUAUCGCGGCGACAAGCAGACGAAUGAGACACGAAGCAGCGGCUCUCGACGACGCACAAGGACACCGCGAAGGAGUUCGGCGGCGUCCAGGAGUCCCCAGUCGCCCAGAGGAUCGCGGAGUCCACCGCAGCCCCACAGCCGCAGCCGUAGCCGCAGUCUGAGCAGAAGCCGCAGCCGGAGCCCCAUUCGGAGUCGUAACCGACGCAGGCCGCGUGGCAGUCGCUCCAAGUCCUACAGCCGUUCCCGUUCCCGGUCACGCUCGCACUCGAAUGGACGCCAUGGACGGCCUUUCCGUGGUCGCGACUUCCAACGUGGCGGAUUCCAGCGCGGCCGUGGCGGCAUGCGCUUCAACUACAACAGGAAUCAGCAGCAGUUCCACAAUCGGCCAUACCAGCAUUUCCACAGUCAGGGCCAGAACCAUCAGAACCAGCACUAUUUCCACAACAAUCAGAACAACCAGAACUACCACAUGCAGAACCAGAACCAGAACCAGAAUCAGAACUUCUACCAGCGUCCCAAGCGGCGGGAGCUGGCCCGCUACGAUGUGCGCAAUGUGGUGGGCGCCGGGUCGCGGCAUCAUGUGCCCACGGCCAAGGAUCGCUAUGGCCGUGAUGCCAUGCGUUCGGGCAGGAGUCGUUCCGGCGGCAGCUUUGAGCGCCGUCGCUCCUCCCACAGUCCUGGGUUCUCGCGCAGCGGCUCUCGUGGUGGUGCACCCUCGCGGUCGCGCUCAGCCACGCCCAAGCGGUUGCGAAGCUUCAGUAUAUCGCCCUCACCGCCGCCGGGCACAUCGCCACAUCGCAAGCAGCGGCGCAGGUCCAUGUCGCCGGGGCCAGGACGUCGCUAUGUGCGUUCCCCUUCGGUCUCGCCACCACCCAAGCAGCGACGGGAUUCGCCGCCAAUGCAUCCGAUGCAUGGGAUGGAUCGUGGCCACAGCCCCAUUUCGCUAAGAUCUGGAUCCCACACACCGACGCGAGUCAAUGGAGGCCGUAAUCUGGCCCCCCCUCCGGUGUACCAUAAUUCGCCGCGCUAUACGCCCCGAUUGAGUCGCAGUCGGACGCGGUCCAAGAGUCCCAAGGCGGUGCCCAAGAAGAAAAAGAAGAAAUCGGACAAGAAAAAGAAGAACAAGAAGCGAACGGCCAGCACUAGUCCGACAACGGCCGCCCGCAUGAGGCGCAUCUCGCGACAACGCGAUCCUUUCGAGGAUGCCGAUGAUUUCCUGGCGCCCCAAAAGAAGCGACGCCACUCGCCGCCCAUCAGCAAGGGAGUGCCAGCCGGCCACUGGUCGCCGUCGCCCAGCCUCUCCGAUGAUCAUAUGAAGUUCAUUCACGAUGGUGGGGAUAAGAACUCCUCGUGGACACCGCCUCUUGGUUCGCCCAAGGGCCUGCCCGGUCACUAUGCGGAUGAUGGGCGACGCAGUGCCACGCCCUUGGGCCUGGGUAAGAAGGCGAAACGGAAGCGGGACAAGAGCAAAAAGAAAAAGAAGCCCAUCGACAAGCUGCAGCGCAAGGAGAAGAAGAACCGUAAGCGUCGCACCCAGACACCGGAGCCCAUCCCCUCGAAGGAGGUCUUUGCCUCUGGGAACAACAUCCUCGUGAGCGUUAGCUUCAACAAGGAGCCAGCCAGCGGUACGAAUGCCAGUUCCUUGCAGCAGCAGCAGCAGCAGCAGACGGUGGUGACCAUGCCGGCACUGCGGCAUGAUGAUCUUCUAGCGAAUCGUUUGACCGGCUCCUCUAUGGACCGACUGCUAAGCAACGCCAGCGCGAAGCCAAAGCUAAAGAAGGACAAGACCCGCAAGCGCAAAAAGUUGGACGCCAAACCGGUGGCCAUCAUUGAUCUGGAACGCUCGCCCUUCCAAGUGCAUCAAGAGCCAGCGGAUGUGAUUGUGCUCACGGACAGCGAAGAUGCCAACGAGGCGCCGCCGUCGCAUCCGAUGCGCAGGGACAGGGAGAGCAGGGAACAGCAGCAGCAGCAGGAUCAGCAGCAGCAGCAGCGUGAGCGACAUCAGAGGCGACGCGGCAGCGGCGUGGCCUCACCGGCGGAGCACCACGAUCUGAUGCGGGAGAACGGUCAGCGGGAGAAGACGCCACAGGUCGAUUCGCUGGACACGAUUAUGGAGACCUCCUCGUACGAUGCGGUGCAGCAGACGACAGGACCCAAGACCCCGCCAGAGCCACCAAUUGUCAAGUUCAAUCUACCUGCCAAGAAACAGCACAAAGUGCGUAGCAAUCCCCUGCACGAGGAUACCGAUGACAUCAAUUCUGCGGACGAGCUGGAGGCCGCCUGCUCCUCCAGGGAGCUGCCCGGGGCUGGCAUUGACGACCACGACAAUGAUGAUGGACAGCAACAGCAGCAGCAUCAGCAGCAGCAGCCGCAUGGCCUCAGUCACGAGAGCGGCACACAGAAGAUCGGUCCGAAUACGCCGCCAGAGUCCGGACCCUGCUCACCGGAUGCCUACGAUCCGUUUGAGCCGACCAAGUCGCCCUCUCUGUCGCCCCGAUCACCGACGCCCACACCUACACAGAACCUGGAGCAGGCGCUACCGAAUAGCUCAGGCUCUGGAGGACCAGGGGAUAAAUCCGACAGCGAUAGCCACAGCCACAGCCUGGCCCCGGCAGCUGUGUCGAACAGCACUGGGACGCAGACGCAGACUCAGACACAGACAAGUGGUGUCAUCAAUCCCGUGGAUCUGGUGAUGGCGCUGAUGAACAAGCCGAACCAAAGUACCACUGCCAGCCAGCAGCAGGAGAAGGCCGGCGGCAAAGCAUGCGACGUUGUAACCUCCACGCAGUAUCUCGGCAGCAGCAGUUCCAUGUCUGCGGGAGUCGUCGGAUCGAGUGCCGGCGGAAUCGGCGGCGGCGGUGAUGUAGGCCACGACAAAACUAUGGCCGAGAGUAAUGCCAUCACGGUCCUCUCCAAUGUGCUGCUCUCGGGCAGCAGCGUGGUGUCUAGCUCCCAGCAUAUACCGGUGAUUUCUAGUCCAACGCCGCUGCCGAAAAAGCUCACUCCGCUCCCGAAGGCGGGCGGUGGGAGCACUGCCAGCAGCAGCAGCUGUGGCCUCGCAAAUCUGCCCACCACCAGCUCUGGCCUGCGCAACGGCGGCGGCAGCGGCAAUGCAGCGGGUGCGACGGUCAGUGCACUGGACGACUCCUUUACCAUGGAUAUCGAGAGUCCAUAUUCUCCAGGAUCGGCGGACUAUGAGGAUCUGUUUGAGCCGCCGCCGCAACAACGCUCGAAGGCGGGCGGUGGCGGUGCCAAGACGGAGAUGUUCGACAAUCUCUUUGGCAGCACCUCCCCAGUGGGCAAUAUUGCCAGGAUGUCGCGCUUCAAGAAAUCCCAGAGGGGUAAUAACAAAGGCGAUCGUAAAUCUAGAAAAGGUGGCAAAUCAUCAGACGACCACAAGGUGGCAUACGAUGAUCAACCCAAUUCGGCAACGGAUCUGCAAAAUAAGGAUAGAUUUUUGCGUAAGCUGAACCGACAGGAACGUGUCGUUGAGGAAGUGAAAUUGGUAUUGAAGCCGCACUUUAACAAGAAGGUGAUUACCAAGGAGGAUUACAAGGACAUAAUGCGAAGGGCUGUGCCAAAGAUCUGUCACAGUCGGUCGGGUGAAAUUAAUCCACACAAGAUUAAAAAUCUAAUCGAUGCCUAUGUGAGGAAGUUCCGCGCGAAGCACAAGAAGUUGAGUCUCCUCAACACGGGGCAGGUUAGCAGCGCCGUCAAGUGUGCCGCUUAUUUAAAGAAGCUAUAAGCAGAGACCCAGAGCGCAAUCGAGCAGCGUGUUGGAUGUGGCACAUUUUUUGGGUGGAUUGAACGAAACGAAACAGUUUAGCGGUCGCAUGCAUUCCUACACUCUACCAUCAACAAAAUAUUCACCGGCCGCACUCGCAAAAUGCAAAGAAGGAAAGAAAGAAAAACAACCACUCAUAAAUGGUCAUUUAUGUACUAUUGGAAUUUAGUUGUUAAGUCAAUUUUAGGUCACCUUACGAAUGAUUUUUAGGGCAUAAGCGAACAUACACACACUGAACACUGAAAUGAAGAUAUGUAUUUAAACAUUAAGCAGACCUCCCCCAAUAUUUCGUUUUACCCCAAACUAAAGGCAGUUUAUUUAUACAAGUAAUGCAAGCAAGAUUUAGUUGAUUAGAUUGUUUAUUAUAUAGAAUGACACUUGUAAUGAUAUAACUAUUACCUGUUUUUUGCAUCAACGCGAUUGUAAAGUAGUGACACGGAUGAAGAGUGUCAGAUAUAUUGUAUUUUACCUCUGAUAAUUUAAAUAAUUAAGUUUAAAGCAAAUUAAACCAUGCAUUACACCGGAUAAACCACCCACCCAUUCAUUGACAUGGCACAAAAGCGAACCACUGUGUUCAGGUGUGGCUUGGGCUUAUCCGGUUAUGGGUGUAUUUUAUUUUUGAUCGUUAUAUAAACAAUUGUAAUUAUGUAUUCAUAUAGAUCACCUAAAUAUAUAGCUGUGUGUACUCCUCCCGUUCCGUUUAGUGUGUGCAGUUUUGAUUUACGAAAGUUUCUAAUCAAAGCACAUGGUAGUCUGUCAGUCAUCGUUUAUUGAAUAGAGAGAGUGUACGUUACGGUACGAGUACUCGUAUGCAUUAAACACACACACACACACACACACAAUUGAUAAGCGUAUGAAUAUUAUACAUAUAUCAUAAUAAUUGUGCUAAAUCGUUUUGUAAAUAUCCAUAUAAUUGAAAAUAAACGCGAUCAUUAACUAAUCCAA